AUGUGUGUUCAGCUUCUUUCUGUUUUUUUGUUUGACGCAAAAAAUGAACUGGAGAGUAUUGCUUUCAUCGAAUUUUGCAUUCUGCAUAAAGCAGUGGGCAAAUUCAUCGUCAUCAAUUUCGUCAGGAAUUUUGCACUGCAUUGUAUCUUCAACAUGGAAAAAAUCCUUGAUUUUCUGCUCGUCAAAAAACUGGGAAAAAAAUUGCUUUUGCUUGUUGAAAGUCUGCAGAAAAGGCUUAAGCCCAUCGACUAUAAUAAUGCAACAUAUCGCGCUUUCGGGAACACCAGCACGCUUGAAAUCCUCAAGAUUUUCUGUGAUACCAAUCAUAGUAUCCCUGAAGUUUUUAACAUCUUCGUUAUACAUUGUGACCACAAUCAGAAACUCAACUUUUGUCUGACCUUUUUUGCUAUAGUCAUAAAGCAGAUCUUUAAAAAUGCCUUGCCGAAAGCCAGCUUCGGGAGGAAUCCAUGUAAGUCCUUGGGUUACUUUUAG